AUGGAACCUAUUGAUGAUUUUGGAGGUUCCGGAUGGAACCUAUCGAUAAUUUUGGAAUUCAGAGUUCCAGAUAGAACUAUUAAAGAUUUUGGAAUUCAGAGGUUCGUGAUGGAACCUAUCAAAGAUAUUGGAAUUCAGAGGUUCUGGAUAGAACCUAUCAAAGAUUUUGGAAUUCAGAGUGCGGCUCUGGACUUUAUUUUUGAAGGUUCUGAUAGUCGUUCAUCCUCAAUUCAUAUCUAUGGUCCUUCAGUUCCAGACUUCGGAGAUAACUGGUUCUUCUGUUUUGGACUUUGGAGACGAAAGUUUCUUCAGUUCCUGGACUUUGGAGAUAACGGGUUCUUCGGUUCCUGGACUUUGAAGACGACGGGUAUCAGCGCCCUUUACUUUGGAUUGGUAUUGGUGAAACCCUUUCACAUUGGUGAGACCCUUCACUUUGGAUCGGUUUCGGUAAGAUCCUUCACUUUGGAUCCAGUAUCGAUUGGCAUCGGUUGGGACCUUUGGAUAGGUAUCGGUUGCGACCUUUGGAAACCUGUGCAUCGGUUGGAAACUUUAGAUAGGUAUCGGUUGCGACCUUUGGAAACCUGUGGUAUCGAUUAG